AUGAAAAAUGUGAAUUUCGUAUUUCAUUGUGCUGCUACAGUCAAAUUUAAUGAAACUCUUGAUAUGGCAACAAAACUAAACAUCCAAGGGACAGAAAAUGUAUUAGCACUAGCGGCGAAAAUGAAUUAUCUUAAGGGUUUUGUUUAUGUAUCAACCGCUUAUUCUCACUGUCCGAGAAGUGAAAUUAAAGAAGAAUUCUAUCCCGUUUCAAUAUCAGUCAAAGAUUUAAAAAAAUUAAUUGAAAUCGAUGAAAAAACUAGCAACGUUUUGGAAGAUUGGCCUAAUACAUACACUUUCACUAAAGCGCUCACAGAAAAUAUGAUAUCAACAAAUGAAAACCAAUUGCCAAUUUCAGUGUUUCGUCCUUCAAUUAUAGGGUGCACACAAUCUGAACCAGAACCAGGUUGGAUGAAUAAUGUGCAAGGGUUAGUUUAUGUAGUUAAUUCAAUCAUGCUUGGAUUUUUAAGAGCAAUUGCAAUGUCAAUGGAUAAAAAAACCGAUAUUGUCCCAAUUGACUACACUGCCAAUGCACUAAUUACCGUAAUGUGGGAUACGGUAAACCGGUAUCAAGAUGGUAACGAAAAAAACAAGAAACCAAAAAUUUAUAAUUACGUGUCUAGUUUUGACAGCCCAGUACAUUGGCUGACGUUCUUUAACUAUGUUUAUGAAACUUACUAUCAGGCGCCUCCGUUGCAAUCAAUAUGGUAUAUAUUUUGUAUAUUUUCUGCCAAUAAUUGGUUCAUCAAUAUUAUGAGAUUUUUGUUACACCGUAUACCUGCUGCGUUUGUAGAUUUGUCGUUGAUUAUUUGUGGUAAAAAUACAAAAAUGUUGAAAAUUUAUAAAAAACAAGAUAAAAUGAUGGAUACGUUUGAAGUGUUUAUGACGAGGGAAUGGAAAUUUGACAACAGUAAUACUCGGAAAUUAUGGGCGUUAUUAAGUCAAGAGGAUCGUAAGACAUUUUGGUUCGGUUUCGAAGACUUCGAUUGGAAAUCCUAUACACAAACUAUGGUUUACGGAAUUAGAAAAAAUAUUCUACAGGAAGACUUAAAUAACAUGACUAGAGCAUUAUCGAAAAACCGAAAGUUAUUCUGGUUGCAUCAAUUCUGCAUUUUUCUUAUUAUUUACAUUGUAUUUCAAGUAUGUUGGAUGUUUGUGCUGUAA